UGUGGCUGCUGGGAGGAGGAGACGGAGGAGAGGAGGAGGCGGAGGCUGCUGCUGCUGCUGCCGUGGGGAGUCAUGGCCGCGGAGCGAGGGGACGCGGUUCGAGCCCGGGCGCGGCUCGGUCUCAUCGCGGGGCACCUCAAGGCCCGGCCCGCGGCGGGCUGCACGGGAGCGACACCGCAGCAAUGCGCCUCCUCCUCGGAGGAGGAGGGGGGAGACGCGAGCAGGACCAUACCCAUGCGCAGACAGGACCUGCUCAAGUGGAACGGAUGGGGGUACACCGACUCCAGAUUCAUCUUCAACAAGAAGGGGCAGGCAGAGUUCACGGGGAAGAGGUACCGGGUGAGCGGCCUGGUGUUGCCGGCGCUCCGGGAAUGGAUGGAGCAGACGUUUGGCGCCAGCGUUGAGCACCACAGCGAUGCGCGGACGUCGGUGAACGUGGAGGCGGUGCCGCCGCCGGUGCGUAACGAGGCGUUCGUGCGCGACCUCCAGCGAGCGGCGGUGCCGAUGUCCGAGGACCCCGAGGACCGGCUGUUCCGCGCGCACGGUCACUGCCUGCAUGAGAUCUUCGCUCUGCGGGAGGGCAGGCUGGAGCGAGUUCCCGACCUCGUUGUGUGGCCCGGCAGCCAUGAAGACGUGGUGCGGAUCGUGGAGCUGGCUGUGCAGCACAACGUCUGCAUCAUCCCAUAUGGCGGCGGCACCAGCGUAUCCAGCGCCCUCGAGUGUCCCAGUGACGAGACGCGCACCAUCGUCUCCGUCGACACGUCUCAGAUGAACCGCAUCCUGUGGAUCGACGAGAUGAAUCUGACGGCACGGAUCCAGGCGGGGAUCAUCGGGCAGGACCUGGAGAGAGAGCUGGGCGAGCGAGGCUACUGCACGGGCCACGAGCCUGACUCCAUGGAGUUCAGCUCGCUGGGCGGGUGGGUGGCGACGCGCGCCUCCGGCAUGAAGAAGAACGUCUACGGCAACAUCGAGGACAUGCUGGUGCAUGUGAAGGUGGUGACACCACGCGGCGUGGUGGAGAAGAGCUGCCAGGGCCCACGCACCUCCACGGGCCCCGACGUUCACCACUUCAUCAUGGGCUCCGAGGGAACCCUGGGCUUGGUGACCGAGGUCACCAUGAAGAUCCGGCCGCUGCCCCAGUCCCAGAAGUACGGCUCGGUGGUUUUCCCGUCGUUUGAGCAGGGCGUGGCCUGCCUGCGUGAGGUCGCUCGCCAGAGAUGUGCGCCGGCCUCCAUCCGCCUCGUCGACAACUCACAGUUUCAGUUUGGGCACGCGCUCAAACCGCAGGUCUCGUCAAUCUUCACAUCGUUCCUGGACGGCCUCAAGAAAUUCUACAUCACCAAGUUCAAGGGCUUCGACCCGCAGCACCUGUGCGUGGCGACGCUGCUGUUCGAGGGCGACCGGGAUGCCGUGCUGCAGCAGGAGAAACACGUGUACGACAUCGCCGCCAAGUUCGGGGGCCUGGCGGCAGGCGAGGAUAACGGGCAGCGCGGGUACCUCCUCACCUUCAUCAUUGCGUACCUGCGCGACCUGGGCAUGGACUACUAUAUCAUCGCGGAGUCGUUUGAGACGUCUGUGCCCUGGGACAGAGUCCUGGAUCUGUGCCGGAACGUGAAGGAGUGUCUCAUCCGCGAGAGCAAAGAGCGAGGGGUGCAGUUCCCGGCGUUUGCCUCUUGCAGGGUGACGCAGACGUACGACGCCGGCGCCUGCGUUUACUUCUACUUCGCCUUCAACUACCGCGGGCUCAGCGACCCCGUGCACGUCUACGAGCAGAUCGAGAGCGCAGCGCGAGAAGAGGUCUUGGCGAACGGGGGCAGCCUCUCUCACCACCACGGCGUGGGGAAGCUGCGCAAGCGCUGGCUGCCCUCAGCCGUGUCGGACGUCGGAGUGGGAAUGCUCCGUGCCGUCAAGGACUACGUGGACCCCAAGAACAUCUUCGGCAACAACAAUCUGCUCUGAGGACCCAUCCCACGGGGGCGGGCGGGGGGGCAGGAGGGGUUUGGCAGGAAGGGGGGGGGGUGUGGUGGAGGGGGGUGGGUACGUACGGAGGACAGUAGCUGGCAGAGAGGGCAACUCAUUUCCACGAAUAAACCCAACCGACUAUCUAACAUCGCACUUGGAGCCGUGAAACAGGCCAGUCGCCAGAUGGUGCCACUCAACACUUGAUGGGAACACCCACCACCAGAUGGACACUCACCAGAUAGGGCCACCCCCAAGCUGGGCCACUCGUCAGAUGCGUGGAGUGGCCGAAGCGGUGAGCCGCCGUGGCAAAGGCGGAGCCUGGGUUUGAUUUUCUGGCCUUGCCCCACACCGCACUUAACCCGCUCGCUCGGCGCGCUUUGGAUUUGCGUUGAGUUGGCUUUUACUUUCACGCUUUAGCUUAGAGGUGAAUGGUGGGCUUUUGCCGGCAACGGUUUCUGCAGGGUUUCCGGUGUGCUGGAGAAAAUUCUUGCCUGUGUUUAUGUGUGUGUGUGUGUGCGCGCACUGGUGAGAAAUGUGGUCAGGGUGUUGUUGCCACACCCUACCUCUUUGUGUGCCGUGCCCCAUGUGCACAGGUGCUCGCUGAUAGCACUUGCCCCAACAGCCUGUGCAGCUAUACGGGGGAGCUUUGUGUGUGUGUGCUGGCCGGUGUGCUUGGGACUUAAUGCUAAACUCUAGGCAUGUAUCGAUUCAUCGAUUGAAAUAUAUUUUUGCGCUCAUAAUACAUGUAUGGAAUUGUGUGCGUAACUAUCGGUCAUUUACGAUUUAUGCAAAUCAUAUGCAAACGAUACUAAAAAGUUGCAUUUGGACUAGUGGAUCCGAACAAAACUGUACGAGACGGAAAGAAAUGAGGCAAUAUAAGUAGACGCAAAAACCAGACGAGGCGAAUUGAUUACUCAAUCGAAUCGACAUCAAUUUGUGGCAGCUCAAUGAAUUGCUGGAGUGGAGAGGUAAUUCCCUACAUGCCUAGCUUACAGUGUGCGAGCGAGUGAGCGGACGUGUGCGUACAUGAAUGUAUGUGAGCAUACGCACGCACGUGCGCGUGUGAAUUUGUGUAUUGGUGGGUGCUUUUUGUGUGUUCACGUAAUAAGUGUGUGCAUAUAUGACUGGGUGCACGCGUGUGUGUGUUGGUGUUUAUGAAUGUGUGUGUUGGUGUUUAUGAAUUUUGUGUGUAUGGGUGGACUUUGGGGCUUGAGGUGACACUGAACAGUAGGGGAUUAACAAUGUACCUCUCCUGGAAAUCCGGUGAAUUGUCACGAUUAAGGGUAGCGAUUCGAUUCCAGAAUCAAUAUUUUUUUGUUACACAUUGCGGUGAAUGUAGUAGCCUCGAGUGGAUGCUGAUACCCAUUGCAAAACCUGACGAGUCAAAAAACAUUGUUUCUUGCCACGAUUUGACGAACGCGUCUUCAUCUUAGGAAUCUCAUAUCGAUAAUCAAUGAAUCUGUCCAUUAUCAAUUACACCCCUACUUGAUGGCAAAGCUUUAGCUGAGAUAAUUCAGUGAAGAUCGGAAUAUACAGAGUGCUCUGCAUCGUUAGCUCUGUCCUGCAUCAUUGCAGCAAACGAGCGGAGGGCGGGAGGGGCGUUUGUGUUUGGUAUGACACGUUGUUAGCGUCGAAGCAUUUCAUUUCGAGAGAGGACUCCACCCUGAGACCCAAGCAGCUCUUCUCUCGUAGCACCACGCCUCGGUUGCGUACCCCGGGGACUCACACGUGAGUUUUAAGGUUUAGUGUGAGAAAAACUAUUUUAAUUGACUUUCUCGAGCACCGCCAAUGCUGUCCAGUGCUGUCACUGACGUGCGCUGCCGUCCAUUUUUUUGUAUGUCACUGCAAGUGUCACUAACGGUGCGUGCGACAAAGCCACUUGAAAGUCUUUUAACUCAUUCCUGAAACUUGCUGGGAACAGCCGAGGUGGGAAUCCAUAAGGGCUUUUCAAGGUGGCUGGGUUGCUCGGAGGUCCGAGUGCUGAGCUCGCACUGCUGAGAUGCUGCAUCUGAAUCCAUGCAGCUGCAGCUGCUGCUGCCUGUCGUUAAACCGGGUUCUCGACUGCAGCGAGUUGAAUGGCCUCAGCCUGGUCACCAAUGACUACGCAAUCAACCCCGUUACUUGUACGGUUCGACAGUCAACUGUGUUAAAUUUCAGCUCGGAGCGCCGCAAUAGUCCGGUUGACCGUCAUGCGACGAUCGUUACUCUCUGUAGCAGAGUGGGUGGACUCAGUGCUGCCCCCUACAUUGUGGACCAAAUGGUUACAGUGCUCUGUGAGAGUUUCAAAUGGAUUUUCUUGAUGCUGAUAGCCCGAUCGGGAUAACAUUGAGGAAAAGCAUUUAACAAGAAUUAAGUUAAUGUUUUGGGUUGAAUCUUCCUUUAAACCGAUAUAAGCUCUCGGGAGCCCAAGAGUCGGGCCUGUAGGGUUACAUAUGCUGUGUCCAAGUGGCUGACGAUCCAUGGUGUCUGCUGGUGAUCGUUUGCUGCCAUUCUGAAGAGCAAAACUGAAAGGCAAUUGGGGGACCUGGUGGAAGUGAUGGAGGGGCAUGGUGGAAGUGAUGGAGGUGGCGAUAGCCAGGAGGGUUAUGAUCAUUCGGCAGGGCUGGGACUAGUUGGUUAGCGAUAUGGGUAGUAUUAGUGUAGAGCUGCUGGUUCGUAUUAGUGGCUAGUUGGUUAGGGAAAAGGGGUAGUAGUGGUCGUUAGCUGGCUGGUUAGUACUCAUGUCUAGUUGGACAGGUUUAGCGUUACUACGAUUGGCUGCUUGACUGAUUAUGGUUCGAGGCUGGUAGGCUAAUGGAUUAGGGCUAGCGGCUCUUUAAUUAGUCGGUUUCAGACAGGGCUUGGAGAGCUUCAACUCUAGAAAGGGCUUGGAUAGUUGUAUCCACUCCCGAACUGCUGACCCCUCCUCAUCCCGGCUCACGUCCUUGUCAGUUUUAGUCCACUGUUUUUCAGCUAUGGUUGCCACCUGUCCUGAUUUUCUCAGGAUCUUUCUUUUUCAGACGCAGCUGUCCUGAGAAAUGUGUCUUUCCAGGGCAUUAACAGGCCGGGGUUUCGUCAGUCACAUAAUAAUGCGCAACUCAUUCAAGACAACGCAUCCACAUUUAGUGCUCUCCUCUUCUGGUAUUGUGAGAUAUAUUUUUCCACGAUACGUGCCGGUUUUUGUAUACCUCAGAGGUGGCAACCCUUGCCCACAUUGAAAGCUGACCUCCAUCCUCGUGUUGGACUCUGGUAGCACGAGCCAGACGUUUCAUUUCAUAAUCCUCUUCUACGUCCCCUCUCCCUGGCUCACCGGCUCGCAUUCUUUGUAACGCUGCGCACCGUGCGGCAGUUGUGUCGUGAUUUUUAUACCCUGUACGCACACUUAGACCGCGCUUGUAAUAAGAGAUUUUCAUUCGGGCACUGAUGUCCUCGUCUGGACUUUUUUUUGCCAGACCAGGACCGAGACGAGAUCGGACAUGGACCGACAUUUAACGGCGCACUGGACAGAAUACCUCUGCUGGAUUUAGCCCAAUUCCAAUCAAACGUGUAAGGGCAAAGGUGCAGCCCUUCAAUUACUCGAUCACGCUACUGCUGGUGUAAAAGGGCCUCUACUGGAGGGAGCUCGGUACGGGAUUAUUGUGGUCUACUCUUCCACGGUGGCCAGACAUCUUUUGGAAAAGAUUGAGGUUACCCACACUUUGCCCCCACCACACGUGAGCUGCCUGCUCUAUCCAAUCAGACUUGAUCAUCCGAAAUUAAGCUUCUGCUCGACGGGACUGGACCCGGACCAAAUGGGACGUGGCAACUCCCACGAUGUUCAGGCCACGAACAUCACCACCAGCUGCUGCUGCUGAUGUUCAUGGGUCAUGCGAAAUUGAGCGAUCGUCGCUGCACCAGACUUUGUUGACGUGAUUAUUAAUAAAGUCGCGAAUUUGCUUCGA